CAGCACCCAGCAAAGCUCCUUCAGGCUACAUUCUACUUACUCAUCUGGUGAAGAACGUUCACCUUUACUACCAAAAGAUGUCUACUCUCCUGGAAAACAUCAUUGCCAUUAUCGACCUAUUCCAUGAGUACUCAACAACAGACAAGGAGACUGACACACUGAGCAGGGAAGAACUGAAGGAGCUCCUGGAAAGAGAGUUUCGGCCAGUCCUGAAGAAUCCAGAUGACCCAGACACUGCUGAUGUCUUCAUGCAUAUUCUUGAUCUAGACCAUGACAAGAAAAUUGACUUCACUGAGUACUUUCUAAUGGUAUUCAAGUUGGCUACAGCAUACUAUGAGUCAAACAGAAGACAGAACUUCCAAGCAACAGAGCAAAACCAAAACCACCAUGCACACCAUACAAAAGAUGAAAACGAUGAUUUAGAUGAAGACAAAGUACAAGAAGAAAAAGAAGAAAAAUUGAGAAAAUCCACACAAUCAGGAAAAACCCAUGAAAAAAGGAAGGAGACAAGAUCCAAAGGACUAAAAGGAAAAGGGAAAAACACACACAAGCAAGCACCUGACAAUUCGAGACAGGCAGGAUCCCUUGAGGGUGAGGAGGCCGAUGGUGGACACUCGGAGCGAGGAUCUCGUCACCAUCAGUCAUCCACUCAGGCACACGGCUCUAGACGCUCACACCCUGAGCAUGGACCAUCCUCAUCUGAAUCCAGGCCAGUGAGAAACCGAGGGUCCAGUGUCAGUCAGGACAGCGACAGUGAAGGACACUCAGAAGAUUCAGACAGACAGUAUGGGUCUGGUUCAGGAAACCAACGUGGGUCUGCCCAUGGCCAUGCGGGAGACGGCUCUAGACACUCUCACUCUCAUCAAAGGCAGGGAGACAAUCAUGGGCACUCUGAUUCUGCCCAUGGACAGUCAGACUCUGGUACCAGAAGACGACAAGGAGCUAAUCAUGGACACUCUGUAGACAGCUACACACAAUCAGGGUCUCAUCACGGAGAGACAUCCUCUCGGGGACACACUGACUCCUCCCGUGGGCAGUCAAGAUCCGGCACAAGAGGACGACAAGAAUCCCAGCAUUACCGGUCAGCAGACACCUCCAGACGCUCAGCCACUGGACAAGGACAAUCGUCCUCUGGAUACGGGGCAAGCAGACAGCGGGGAUCCAGUGUGAGUCAGGCCAGCGACAGCGAAGGACAUUCAGAAGGUGCAGGUAGAGAAUCUUCAAACACCCUCGGAAGGUCUGGGUCCACUUUGAGGAAGGAACAUGGGUCUAGCCAUGGGCAGUCAGGAGACAGGUCUGGGCACUCAGGGACCCGUCAAGGGCAGACGGCCUCCCGUGGGAGGUCAGACUCUGCCCACCGAGAGUCAGGAUCCACCACCAGGGAAACGCAAGGGCGCCACCUUCGGCAGUCAGACGACAGCUCCAGACAUUCGGGUGCCGGACGUGGACAAAGCUCUUCUGGAUCUGGUAACAGCAGACACUGGGGAUCCAGAACCGGUCAGGCCAGUGACAGUGAAGGACAAUCAGAAGACUCAGAUACUCAGUCAGGGUCAGUCCAGGAACGGCCCAGUUCCAGUCAAAGGAGACAACAUGACAAUGUACGUGGCAGUUCUGAGCACUCAGGGGCUUAUUUCUACCAGAUACCCUCCCAAGAACACUUGAAUUCUGCCCACGGGCAGUCUCAAUCCAGCACCAGAGGGAGACAAGGAUCCCGCCCUGAGCAGGCACGUGACAGCUCUAGACAGGCAGGAUCCCUUGAGGGUCAGGCAGCCGAUGGUGGACACUCGGAGCGAGGAUCUCGUCACCAUCAGUCAUCCACUCAGGCACACGGCUCUAGACACUCACACCCUGAGCAUGGACCAUCCUCAUCUGAAUCCAGGCCAGUGAGAAACCGAGGGUCCAGUGUCAGUCAGGACAGCGACAGUGAAGGACACUCAGAAGAUUCGGACAGACAGUAUGGGUCUGGUUCAGGAAACCAACGUGGGUCUGCCCAUGGCCAUGCGGGAGACGGCUCUAGACUCUCUCACUCUCAUCAAAGGCAGGGAGACAAUCAUGGGCACUCUGAUUCUGCCCAUGGACAGUCAGACUCUGGUACCAGAAGACGACAAGGUGCUAAUCAUGGACACUCUGUAGACAGCUACACACAAUCAGGGUCUCAUCACGGAGAGACAUCCUCUCGGGGACACACUGACUCCUCCCGUGGGCAGUCAAGAUCCGGCACAAGAGGACGACAAGAAUCCCAGCAUUACCGGUCAGCAGACACCUCCAGACGCUCAGCCACUGGACAAGGACAAUCGUCCUCUGGAUACGGGGCAAGCAGACAGCGGGGAUCCAGUGUGAGUCAGGCCAGCGACAGCGAAGGACAUUCAGAAGGUGCAGGUACAGAAUCUUCAAACACCCUCGGAAGGUCUGGGUCCACUUUGAGGAAGGAACAUGGGUCUAGCCAUGGGCAGUCAGGAGACAGGUCUGGGCACUCAGGGACCCGUCAAGGGCAGACGGCCUCCCGUGGGAGGUCAGACUCUGCCCACCUAGAGUCAGGAUCCACCACCAGGGAAAGGCAAGGGCGCCACCACCAGCAGUCAGGAGACAGAUCUGGGCACUCAGGAUCCCUUCACGGGCAGACAGCCUCCCUUGGGGGAUCAGACUCUGCCCACCGAGAAUCAGGAUCCACCACCAGGGAAACGCAAGGGCGCCACCUUCGGCAGUCAGACGACAGCUCCAGACAUUCGGGUGCCGGACGUGGACAAAGCUCUUCUGGAUCUGGUAACAGCAGACACCGGGGAUCCAGAACCGGUCAGGCCAGUGACAGUGAAGGACAAUCAGAAGACUCAGAUACUCAGUCAGGGUCAGUCCAGGAACGGCCCAGUUCCAGUCAAAGGAGACAACAUGACAAUGUACGUGGCAGUUCUGAGCACUCAGGGGCUUAUUUCUACCAGAUACCCUCCCAAGAACACUUGAAUUCUGCCCACGGGCAGUCUCAAUCCAGCACCAGAGGGAGACAAGGAUCCCGCCCUGAGCAGGCACGUGACAGCUCUAGACAGGCAGGAUCCCUUGAGGGUCAGGCAGCCGAUGGUGGACACUCGGAGCGAGGAUCUCGUCACCAUCAGUCAUCCACUCAGGCACACGGCUCUAGACACUCACACCCUGAGCAUGGACCAUCCUCAUCUGAAUCCAGGCCAGUGAGAAACCGAGGGUCCAGUGUCAGUCAGGACAGCGACAGUGAAGGACACUCAGAAGAUUCGGACAGACAGUAUGGGUCUGGUUCAGGAAACCAACGUGGGUCUGCCCAUGGCCAUGCGGGAGACGGCUCUAGACUCUCUCACUCUCAUCAAAGGCAGGGAGACAAUCAUGGGCACUCUGAUUCUGCCCAUGGACAGUCAGACUCUGGUACCAGAAGACGACAAGGAGCUAGUCAUGGACACUCUGUAGACAGCUACACACAAUCAGGGUCUCAUCACGGAGAGACAUCCUCUCGGGGACACACUGACUCCUCCCGUGGGCAGUCAAGAUCCGGCACAAGAGGACGACAAGAAUCCCAGCAUUACCGGUCAGCAGACACCUCCAGACGCUCAGCCACUGGACAUGGACAAUCGUCCUCUGGAUACGGGGCAAGCAGACAGCGGGGAUCCAGUGUGAGUCAGGCCAGCGACAGCGAAGGACAUUCAGAAGGUGCAGGUAGAGAAUCUUCAAACACCCUCGGAAGGUCUGGGUCCACUUUGAGGAAGGAACAUGGGUCUAGCCAUGGGCAGUCAGGAGACAGGUCUGGGCACUCAGGGACCCGUCAAGGACAGACGGCCUCCCGUGGGAGGUCAGACUCUGCCCAACGAGAGUCAGGAUCCACCACCAGGGAAAGGCAAGGGCGCCACCACCAGCAGUCAGGAGACAGAUCUGGGCACUCAGGAUCCCUUCACGGGCAGACAGCCUCCCUUGGGGGAUCAGACUCUGCCCACCGAGAAUCAAGAUCCACCACCAGGGAAAGGCAAGGGCGCCACCACCAGCAGUCAGGAGACAGAUCCGGGCACUCAGGGUCCCGUCAAGGGCAGACGGCGUCCCGUGGGCGGUCAGACUCUGCCCACCUGGAGUCAGGAUCCACCACCAGGGAAACGCAAGGGCGCCACCUUCGGCAGUCAGACGACAGCUCCAGACAUUCGGGUGCCGGACGUGGACAAAGCUCUUCUGGAUCUGGUAACAGCAGACACCGGGGAUCCAGAACCGGUCAGGCCAGUGACAGUGAAGGACAAUCAGAAGACUCAGAUACUCAGUCAGGGUCAGUCCAGGAACGGCCCAGUUCCAGUCAAAGGAGACAACAUGACAAUGUACGUGGCAGUUCUGAGCACUCAGGGGCUUAUUUCUACCAGAUACCCUCCCAAGAACACUUGAAUUCUGCCCACGGGCAGUCUCAAUCCAGCACCAGAGGGAGACAAGGAUCCCGCCCUGAGCAGGCACGUGACAGCUCUAGACAGGCAGGAUCCCUUGAGGGUCAGGCAGCCGAUGGUGGACACUCGGAGCGAGGAUCUCGUCACCAUCAGUCAUCCACUCAGGCACACGGCUCUAGACACUCACACCCUGAGCAUGGACCAUCCUCAUCUGAAUCCAGGCCAGUGAGAAACCGAGGGUCCAGUGUCAGUCAGGACAGCGACAGUGAAGGACACUCAGAAGAUUCGGACAGACAGUAUGGGUCUGGUUCAGGAAACCAACGUGGGUCUGCCCAUGGCCAUGCGGGAGACGGCUCUAGACUCUCUCACUCUCAUCAAAGGCAGGGAGACAAUCAUGGGCACUCUGAUUCUGCCCAUGGACAGUCAGACUCUGGUACCAGAAGACGACAAGGAGCUAGUCAUGGACACUCUGUAGACAGCUACACACAAUCAGGGUCUCAUCACGGAGAGACAUCCUCUCGGGGACACACUGACUCCUCCCGUGGGCAGUCAAGAUCCGGCACAAGAGGACGACAAGAAUCCCAGCAUUACCGGUCAGCAGACACCUCCAGACGCUCAGCCACUGGACAUGGACAAUCGUCCUCUGGAUACGGGGCAAGCAGACAGCGGGGAUCCAGUGUGAGUCAGGCCAGCGACAGCGAAGGACAUUCAGAAGGUGCAGGUAGAGAAUCUUCAAACACCCUCGGAAGGUCUGGGUCCACUUUGAGGAAGGAACAUGGGUCUAGCCAUGGGCAGUCAGGAGACAGGUCUGGGCACUCAGGGACCCGUCAAGGACAGACGGCCUCCCGUGGGAGGUCAGACUCUGCCCAACGAGAGUCAGGAUCCAACACCAGGGAAAGGCAAGGGCGCCACCACCAGCAGUCAGGAGACAGAUCUGGGCACUCAGGAUCCCUUCACGGGCAGACAGCCUCCCUUGGGGGAUCAGACUCUGCCCACCGAGAAUCAGGAUCCACCACUAGGGAAAGGCAAGGACACCACCACCAGCAGUCAGGAGACAGAUCCGGGCACUCAGGGACCCGUCAAGGGCAGACGGCCUCCCGUGGGAGGUCAGACUCUGCCCACCGAGAGUCAGGAUCCACCACCAGGGAAAGGCAAGGGCGCCACCACCAGCAGUCAGGAGACAGAUCUGGGCACUCAGGAUCCCUUCACGGGCAGACAGCCUCCCUUGGGGGAUCAGACUCUGCCCACCGAGAAUCAGGAUCCACCACCAGGGAAACGCAAGGGCGCCACCUUCGGCAGUCAGACGACAGCUCCAGACAUUCGGGUGCCGGACGUGGACAAAGCUCUUCUGGAUCUGGUAACAGCAGACACCGGGGAUCCAGAACCGGUCAGGCCAGUGACAGUGAAGGACAAUCAGAAGACUCAGAUACUCAGUCAGGGUCAGUCCAGGAACGGCCCAGUUCCAGUCAAAGGAGACAACAUGACAAUGUACGUGGCAGUUCUGAGCACUCAGGGGCUUAUUUCUACCAGAUACCCUCCCAAGAACACUUGAAUUCUGCCCACGGGCAGUCUCAAUCCAGCACCAGAGGGAGACAAGGAUCCCGCCCUGAGCAGGCACGUGACAGCUCUAGACAGGCAGGAUCCCUUGAGGGUCAGGCAGCCGAUGGUGGACACUCGGAGCGAGGAUCUCGUCACCAUCAGUCAUCCACUCAGGCACACGGCUCUAGACACUCACACCCUGAGCAUGGACCAUCCUCAUCUGAAUCCAGGCCAGUGAGAAACCGAGGGUCCAGUGUCAGUCAGGACAGCGACAGUGAAGGACACUCAGAAGAUUCGGACAGACAGUAUGGGUCUGGUUCAGGAAACCAACGUGGGUCUGCCCAUGGCCAUGCGGGAGACGGCUCUAGACUCUCUCACUCUCAUCAAAGGCAGGGAGACAAUCAUGGGCACUCUGAUUCUGCCCAUGGACAGUCAGACUCUGGUACCAGAAGACGACAAGGAGCUAGUCAUGGACACUCUGUAGACAGCUACACACAAUCAGGGUCUCAUCACGGAGAGACAUCCUCUCGGGGACACACUGACUCCUCCCGUGGGCAGUCAAGAUCCGGCACAAGAGGACGACAAGAAUCCCAGCAUUACCGGUCAGCAGACACCUCCAGACGCUCAGCCACUGGACAUGGACAAUCGUCCUCUGGAUACGGGGCAAGCAGACAGCGGGGAUCCAGUGUGAGUCAGGCCAGCGACAGCGAAGGACAUUCAGAAGGUGCAGGUAGAGAAUCUUCAAACACCCUCGGAAGGUCUGGGUCCACUUUGAGGAAGGAACAUGGGUCUAGCCAUGGGCAGUCAGGAGACAGGUCUGGGCACUCAGGGACCCGUCAAGGACAGACGGCCUCCCGUGGGAGGUCAGACUCUGCCCACCGAGAGUCAGGAUCCACCACCAGGGAAAGGCAAGGGCGCCACCACCAGCAGUCAGGAGACAGAUCUGGGCACUCAGGAUCCCUUCACGGGCAGACAGCCUCCCUUGGGGGAUCAGACUCUGCCCACCGAGAAUCAAGAUCCACCACCAGGGAAAGGCAAGGGCGCCACCACCAGCAGUCAGGAGACAGAUCCGGGCACUCAGGGUCCCGUCAAGGGCAGACGGCGUCCCGUGGGCGGUCAGACUCUGCCCACCUGGAGUCAGGAUCCACCACCAGGGAAACGCAAGGGCGCCACCUUCGGCAGUCAGACGACAGCUCCAGACAUUCGGGUGCCGGACGUGGACAAAGCUCUUCUGGAUCUGGUGACAGCAGACACCGGGGAUCCAGAACCGGUCAGGCCAGUGACAGUGAAGGACAAUCAGAAGACUCAGAUACUCAGUCAGGGUCAGUCCAGGAACGGCCCAGUUCCAGUCAAAGGAGACAACAUGACAAUGUACGUGGCAGUUCUGAGCACUCAGGGGCUUAUUUCUACCAGAUACCCUCCCAAGAACACUUGAAUUCUGCCCACGGGCAGUCUCAAUCCAGCACCAGAGGGAGACAAGGAUCCCGCCCUGAGCAGGCACGUGACAGCUCUAGACAGGCAGGAUCCCUUGAGGGUCAGGCAGCCGAUGGUGGACACUCGGAGCGAGGAUCUCGUCACCAUCAGUCAUCCACUCAGGCACACGGCUCUAGACACUCACACCCUGAGCAUGGACCAUCCUCAUCUGAAUCCAGGCCAGUGAGAAACCGAGGGUCCAGUGUCAGUCAGGACAGCGACAGUGAAGGACACUCAGAAGAUUCGGACAGACAGUAUGGGUCUGGUUCAGGAAACCAACGUGGGUCUGCCCAUGGCCAUGCGGGAGACGGCUCUAGACUCUCUCACUCUCAUCAAAGGCAGGGAGACAAUCAUGGGCACUCUGAUUCUGCCCAUGGACAGUCAGACUCUGGUACCAGAAGACGACAAGGAGCUAGUCAUGGACACUCUGUAGACAGCUACACACAAUCAGGGUCUCAUCACGGAGAGACAUCCUCUCGGGGACACACUGACUCCUCCCGUGGGCAGUCAAGAUCCGGCACAAGAGGACGACAAGAAUCCCAGCAUUACCGGUCAGCAGACACCUCCAGACGCUCAGCCACUGGACAUGGACAAUCGUCCUCUGGAUACGGGGCAAGCAGACAGCGGGGAUCCAGUGUGAGUCAGGCCAGCGACAGCGAAGGACAUUCAGAAGGUGCAGGUAGAGAAUCUUCAAACACCCUCGGAAGGUCUGGGUCCACUUUGAGGAAGGAACAUGGGUCUAGCCAUGGGCAGUCAGGAGACAGGUCUGGGCACUCAGGGACCCGUCAAGGGCAGACGGCCUCCCGUGGGAGGUCAGACUCUGCCCACCGAGAGUCAGGAUCCACCACCAGGGAAAGGCAAGGGCGCCACCACCAGCAGUCAGGAGACAGAUCUGGGCACUCAGGGACCCGUCAAGGGCAGACAGCCUCCCUUGGGGGAUCAGACUCUGCCCACCGAGAAUCAAGAUCCACCACCAGGGAAAGGCAAGGGCGCCACCACCAGCAGUCAGGAGACAGAUCCGGGCACUCAGGGUCCCGUCAAGGGCAGACGGCGUCCCGUGGGCGGUCAGACUCUGCCCACCUGGAGUCAGGGUCCACCACCAGGGAAACGCAAGGGCGCCACCUUCGGCAGUCAGACGACAGCUCCAGACAUUCGGGUGCCGGACGUGGACAAAGCUCUUCUGGAUCUGGUAACAGCAGACACCGGGGAUCCAGAACCGGUCAGGCCAGCGACAGUGAAGGACAAUCAGAAGACUCAGAAACUCAGUCAGGGUCAGUCCAGGAACGGCCCAGUUCCAGUCAAAGGAGACAACAUGACCACGUACAUGGCAGUUCUGAGCACUCAGGGGCUUAUUUCUACCAGAAAUCAGUGUCUCCUCCAGGGCAGAGAGAAAAUUGCGGGAAGUCUGAUUCAGAUUUUGGACAGUCUCAGUAUGGUCGUGUAAGUUAUGAUUGCACCAAUAUGGCAUUCCGGGACAGACCUCACUCUGGAGAUGAAUUUAUAACAUCCAAUAUAUCAGACAGUAAUAUGCAGUCAGGAACAUACGGUCAUUCAAGUGAUAAUUCAAAACAGUUGGGAUUUGGUCAGUUAGAAAGAUAUUAUUAUUAUGAGUGAGAACCCAAUAGAAAAAUAAUUAAUACUGAGAGUAGGUAAGUGAAACAAGACAUAACUUUGCAUCAAGAAACUUCUCAUUAUACUUCCAAAGGGUUUAUGUUACCAUUUUAUUUUGAAUAAGUUACACAAUUUCUUCCCUUGGGCAUAGUUUAGUUUAUUCUCUAGAAGAUUUAUGCCUUUGUUUGGAAAUGGUGAAUGGGAAUAAACAAUGUUAUUUAGACCUAAAUUUGGAAAACACAGUAUUUUGGGUGUUGGGGUUGAAGUAAGCAUUUUUCUUUUGUGAGCUUAAAUUUUAGGACCUUUGUAGAUUUGUGCACUGAUCUUUGUGAAAAAUAUUAUAAAAUCACUGUUUUAGUGGCAAAAAUUAUAAAAUCACUGUUCUAGUGGCCAAACCUCCAAUGUUAUUAUCAGGGCUCAGUACAUCUUUCUGGACUAUCCUUGUAAUGGAAUUCUAUAUUAUUCUGGCUUCAUUAAAAUCAAAAAAGUGAAAUGCAUAAAGAUUCAAAAUAAACAAUUGGGCAUAUGUCAUAA